AAAUCAAAGUAAUUGGCCCAAAAUCUCUUGAGGACAAGGAUUUAGAGUAAAACCCUAGAAGGCAUAUAUACACACACAUACACAAACAUCACAAAGCAAAAUCUUCUUCUUCCUCCUCCUCCUUCCCUCGAAUCUCUCUAACCUUCAUAGAUUACCAGAGAUGACACCUGUAUCAAACGCUCCAUCAGUGGAUGCACAAAUCGUAGGCAAUGCCUUCGUUCAGAAGUACUACACCCACCUUUAUGAAAAGCCCGCUGAAGUUUACAGGUUCUAUCUCGAGGAGAGUGUGCUUGGAAGGCCUGGUCUUGAUGGUGAAAUGGUUUCUGUCAAGUCAUUGAAAGCUAUUAAUGAUCAGAUAAUGUCUGUUGACUACCAAAACUCGAAGAUCCAGAUUCUGACUGCUGAUUCCCAAGCGUCUUUGAAGAGCGCAGUUGUGACUUUGGUCGCGGGUUUAGUGAUUGGCAAGGAUGGAGAGAGGAAGAGUUUUACUCAGUCUUUCUUCCUUGUGCCGCAGAAUGGAAGCUACUUUGUUCUCAACGAUGUCUUUAGGUACGUUUCUGAUGUGUUUGUUGCACCAGAAGCUACCAAGGAGGCCGAGGUUGAGGUCGAGGAGAGUCCAAAAGAAGCUGUUCCUGCAGAGCCUGCGAAAGAAGUUGUGGAGCCGGCUGCUAGAGCUACAAAUGAGGAGAAAGUUGUGAACGGUAACAGCAACUUACCUAAAGCUGCUGAAGCAAAGCCUCAAGAGGACACUGGUGUCAAGAAGUCCUUUGCAGUAAUUGCUGCUCAAAACGGUGCUCAGACCAAUGCUAAAGCUUCACCUGCAAAGCAUAAACCUGUUGAGAAGCCGAGAGUUGCUCCUCAGACCAAAGCUGCUGCCCCAGUAGCUGCUGCUCCUCAGCCCAAAGCUCCUUCUGCUAAAACCAGUGAACAACCACCAGCUCAAGGUGGUUCCAUAUUCGUUGCAAACUUGCCUAUGGAUGCGUCUCCAGAGCAACUGUUUGAAACAUUUAAAGGCUUUGGAGCUAUUAGAAGAGGCGGCAUCCAAGUCAGAAGCUACACGGAACAAAGAAACUGUUUUGGGUUUGUGGCCUUUGAAAAUAGUGAAUCGAUCAAAAAUGUCUUCAAGGCUCACAACGAAUCUCCAAUUUUUAUCGGAAACAGAAGAGCAUCUAUUGAAGAAAAACGAGUCAACAACAAUGAGAAUGGUGGAAGAGCCUAUGCGCGGAACAAUGGCAACAAUAGGAAUGAGAAUGGUUACAGAAAGGAUGGCUAUAGACCUCGGGGCAAUGGUGUGAAUGGAGGAAGAGGCUCCGGGAGAAAUGGGCCGGAGAGACAGAGCGGUGAUGCUAAAGCUUCUCAGAACGGUCAUGGCAAUGCUCAGGCCAAAAACUAGACUUUUUGAUUGAACAUCUUAAGACUUUUGGAAGAGCUAGAACUUAUGAUUCUUUGGGGGAUUAUGUCAAUUUUUUGGAUUAUAAUUGGUUUGAACCCUUGUUCUUUGACCAACUUAAAUCGCUUGAUUAAAUUGUUUAAGCUCUUGGUAUAA